UUAACUGUCGGUAUCCAGGUGGAGGAUGGAGAUCAGGCAGCCCACUCUGCCAGGGAAAAAGCUAAGCCUUUGCUGCGUAAAUUAGAGGAAGCAAUUUCGGAUCAACGAAAUCUCCAGACUAUAAAUACUGAGUUAGUGAACACUUGCCAGACACUUGAGCAGAAGACAAGAAAACCGAAAACAACAAUUGAGUCACUAAGAAAGAAGUUAAUUAAAGGACAACUCCAUGGCUUGCUGUUUCAGAGCGGUUUAGAUGAGGAAUUUCCUCACUACGAUCCCUUGUCCUGCACAGAUAGAAUUCAUCAACCUCUCCAGGAACAGUUGAAGCAGUGUUGCCAUAAACGAUAUAGUGGUCAAGAAGCAAGAAUACAUCAGCUACCCCUGACCUUCAAACAUACAUGCUGGUACACACCUCUGCUGGACGCCUUGUAUCUGGAUAGUCUUACAGCAAUUUCAAGACUAGAAUUGACACCUUUCUCAUGUGUAGCCAACCGAAUCCAUGCUUCAUGUGAAAGGCCCAAAUAUGGAGAAGUAGAGGAUGGUGCUUUGGAUGUGACUGGAAGGCACAAGUGUCCAGACCCUACAGGUGGUCCCCACCCAGGAACAGAUCUUUCAGGUUGCAUCAGGAUGAAUAAUGACCUAAGUAUGGAAGAGAAUGGUGUUGAACGCUUAUAUUCUGAGAGCCUGCCACAGUCCAGGGAAUAUUCCACCCUACCAUCUCCUGGACACACUUCAUCCACAGAGAGUACUGUAACUUCAAGUGAUUCUGGAUCAGAAAUUUUGCAUAUGGCUUCUGGUGUCAUUGAUUGUAAACCACUCUGUGAGAAAGAGGAGGAUAAAAGAUCAACUUCUGCUGUGAAGAAGAUCAAAGGUGGAAGUCCAGCUCCUGAAAAUAUUGCACUCCAAGGCUCUGUGAAUGAAGAAAAAAUCAUGUCAAAUCAGGAAGCCAAAGGGGAACCAGAAACAAUAAAUGAGCACAGAAAAGAAUGUGUGGCAGGAGGCGCUGCUGUUUCCUCUCUUCCUGUGAAGUCAGUUAACUUUAGACAAAGUGACAACACUUCUGCUAAUGAGAAGGAGGUGGAGGCCGAAUUUCUCAGGUUAUCUUUGGGAUUUAAAUGCGACUGGUUCACCUUGGAGAAAAGAGUGAAGCUUGAAGAAAGAUCCCGUGACUUGGCAGAAGAAAAUUUGAAGAAAGAAAUUACUAACUGUUUAAAACUGUUAGAGUCUUUAACACCUCUUUGUGAAGAUGACAGCCAAGCCCAGGAAAUCAUUAAGAAGCUGGAGAAAAGUGUAACAUUCCUCAGUCAGUGCACAGCUCGAGUGGCCAGUAGGGCUGAGAUGUUGGGAGCCAUUAAUCAGGAAAGCCGGGUUAGUAAAGCCGUCGAAGUGAUGAUUCAGCAUGUAGAAAAUCUGAAGAGAAUGUAUGCCAAAGAACACGCUGAAUUAGAAGAACUAAAACAGGUUCUUUUGCAAAAUGAAAGGACUUUUAACCCUCUUGAAGAUGAAGGUGACUGCCAAAUUAAAAAACGUUCAGCUUCUCUAAACUCUAAGCCGUCUUCUCUUCGAAGAGUGACCAUUGCCUCUUUGCCCAGAAAUACUGGAAAUGCAGGAAUGGUGGCUGGGAUGGAAAAUAAUGACCGAUUCAGUAGGAGGUCAAGCAGUUGGCGUAUUUUGGGGUCAAAGCAGAGUGAACACCGUCCCUCAUUACAUCGAUUUAUUAGCACCUAUUCCUGGGCAGAUGCUGAAGAAGAAAAAUGUGAACUAAAAACUAAAGAUGACUCAGAACCACCUGAAGAAGAAACAGUAGAAAGGACAAGAAAGCCAAGUCUUUCUGAAAAGAAAAAUAAUCCAUCAAAAUGGGAUGUCUUUUCAACUUAUAACACAAUAGCUUCCUGGGCAACAAAUCUCAAGACUUCCAUCAGAGAGGCCAGCAAGGCGCUCUGGCUUUCUGUCGCGUUCAUUGUACUAUUUGCGGCAUUGAUGAGCUUCUUCACAGGCCGAUUUUUCCAGAAGUCUGUGGAUGCUGCUCCCACACAGGACGGGGACUCCUGGAUGUCUCUAGAACAUAUCUUGUGGCCAUUUACCAGACUCCAACACAAUGGGCCACCGCCAGUGUGACUGCAGCACAUCCUAAUGUGCUAAUGCUAAUAUUGAUUUUUAAAGUUUCAGUAUCUGAACUUUGUAAAUUAGUAGCUUUUAGCUGGGAAAUUAUAGCAUGGAACCAGAGGUUCUCAGAAUGACUGUAAGAUAUUUUAUAUUCCCUCUCUUUGUGAUUACCUUCCUAACUAAAAUACAAUGGGGAGGAAGCCUAUGAUUUUUUUUAAUGAGCUUUUUGAGGAGGAGCUAUUAUUGUUUGUUAAAAUUUAUUGAAAUAAAUAAAUUUUCAUACA